CAUAUCAAACUGUAAACAAAUCAGUGUCUUCCAUGUCUCUUGAGAACCUAAGUAACCACAGUUGUAUAAAUUUAGGUGCACCAGAUGCACACUCUACAGAAGUCUCAUCCAGCAGAUACAUACAAAAUGGAAGAAAGAAACACUCUCAUGGAGUGCGAAGCAAAGAAGCAAGCCAAGCUAUUUGGUGCAGUCCCCUGUCUCAUAGUCACUCUUCCACUGUCAAACACAGGCAACCUGUAGACUUGAGCCAAAACACAUUACAAUCCUCAACACCCAUUAAUCAAAGCCACAGCAGCAGCAUGCAGGAAUAUAAACACAGACUAUGUAAAAAUAUGAGCUGCUGGGGUGAUGUGAGCAAAGACACUCUCCAAUACCAAGAGGAAGACAGCAUGUCUUUGGCUCCGAGUGACUGCAAUACAGACAUCCUGGUCAGCAUUAACCCACUCACUGAAGCCAGUCCACUCCAAGAGGAUUACUGGAUUCCUGAAAACCUGCCCAUGCACAACAAGUUCACCAACUGGUCAGGCAUCAGUCAGCAGCCACCAGCCAGGCUCACUAAGGAAAGCAGUACAACUAUGCAGAAAUCCCCAGAUAUUAACACACAUAGUCUCCACCUAAGUUCAGCAGAGUCAGAGAGUCUUGGGUACAGGUACAAACCAGAGCUCUUGGAAUCAGCAGAUAGACGGAGCAGAGAAAUUGAGAGACUGCGGAAGGAACGGGAGCAGGUACUUGCCUCUAUGCAAUUAGAUAUGAGUCCUCAUCCGCUCAGUGUAGAGCUUGCAGAGGCCAAGUUGCACUAUGGCCUGGGGAAGACAGACACUCUGCUAAACAUGCUGAAGUCCAGUUCCAGAAGUCCAGUUGCAGAGUCUACCAUGUCUACCAAACAGCAGCUGUAUGACAGGCACAGGAGGCGUAUUGAUGGUUUAAGGAAGGAGAGAGAAGAUCGUCUUCAAACGUCCCGCCGAGCUCGAAGUCUCAGCCCCAGCAAGCAUCCGAACUCAUCAAAUCACUUGACAGAACAGUCUGAAAGACCUGUGGGUCUACCCAGCCGGCAGCGGGAAUAUCUGCAACACCUACGCAAGGAAGUAGUGGAGAUGAGCAGGGUUCCAGAUCCACCUAGGAGAGAGGGUCAGUAUCCCACUGAUAUUGAACUCCUUCUGCGUGACUACAGUCGUGCACGUGAGGAAGCGAAGACGGAGAUUGCCAGAGCGCGAGUGCGGUUACGUGAGAGGACGGAACAGGAGAAGCGGAGACUGGAGCAACAAGCUCUCACACAGUCUGUAAAGGAUCAUAUGAGACUUUGUACACGUGUCAGUAAUAGCACCUUGUGCACUGGUUCCAACUUAAGUCUCUCUUCUGGACCUACAUCUGGCUACAACAGUAGUAAUGCAGCUGUACUGAAAGACGGUACCUCACCAUCUAUACAGAUCACUGGAGUCUCAGAUAGGGAGUUAAGAAUCAGGUCUCGACCUCCCAUGAUCCCUCCUCAAAGUUUAAAGGCUCCUCGUGCAUGGCUAUCAGCUCAGGAUAUUCGUGUGGAGAGCUCCUCCUUGGGAUAUGAGCUUCACUCCUCCUCCUCUCCUUCAUCUCCUCCUGGAAGACAGCGCACCUGUUCCUUUAGCUCUCCCUUAUCUAUUUCUAUUUCAUACCAGGACAUUGCAGACUGUACUCUCACAAGUGCAAUAUCAGAGGUUCAUUUAGCCUCUGGAGGAGAUGUAAGGAAUCUGCUGGCAGGGAGCGCCGAAGCUGGCUGGAGACACCAGGGCUUAGAGAACGGAGUACAGACCUUCCACCGGCCCUCCUCCAAACCCUCUGCUCACGGGUUUUUGGGUGCCAUGGAACUGGAGAGACCCCUUGCUAGUCUGUGGAGUUUAAUCCGAGAUCACUCCAAGACUCAUCUCUACAACAAAUCUCUAAAGUCUGCCUGGACACGAUUGCUAGAUGACGCUACACAACUAGUCUACCUGCUGACUGACCCGUCCAGCUGUCAUAUGAAGCAGCCGCGGGAUUUCUGUUGCCUGAGCGCUGAAGCCAAACGGGAUGACAUGUGGGUGUUGGCCAUGCAGUCUGUAUUUGAAGAGUCUCUCCCUCGCCCAAGUGUGGACACUGUACGUGGAGAGAUGUUUCCCAGUGCAUGGAUACUUCAGCGCAGUCAGCGGCAGGGUCGAGAGAUUGUUACAGUUAUCUAUCUACUACAGGUUGAUUUGGGAACUCCAACCCUGCCUCAGAGACUGCUGAAAGUUGUGGCCAGGAAGCAAGCAGCUGUAAUCGCAGACCUUGAUUCGUUUUUGUCCUUGUGACAGAGCAGGUCACUAAUAAGCACUUAAAAACCCUUAAAGGUCUUUCCUAACAUUUGCACCUCAUUACUUUUUUUUUCUGUUCUGUUCUUUUGGUUCACCUCAGAGCACUGAUAAUUAGUUUUUUUAUAGAAAGAUACAGUUUGUGAGAUUAUAUUGAUACUAUUCUACAUUGUGCAUACUCUUUAUGGUGCUUUUUUUUUUCGGCCAAAGACCGGACAAAGAAUUCACAUAGGAAUAUUUAGGUUUUUGUCCCAAUCACCCAUAAGCUUUAUUUCUAAAAGUACUUGACAUUAAAUUGCUUUGUACAUAUCUCUACAUAGGAUAACGCAAAUCAAUCCAGUAUUUUUCUAUGUGUAGCAAAGCUCAUUUUAGUGAACGUCCAAAUCUAAGCUGAUCUAUUUGAAACUUGAAUUUGCAAAGACAUCUUUUUGAUUGCUCAUGUCAGAAUGUAUAAUAUGCAGCACACUGCUCCUGCGUGGACAUCUUAGCAUCUACCCAUAGUUAGAGCAAACGGCUAUAUUUCUGCACUACUCUACACUAAAAGUCGUAUAAUGCUGAGCAGAAGCUACAAAUAGUCGUUUUUUGCCAGUUUUUCUGACUAUUGCCACAUGGUGGCAUUUGCAGUAUUUUUUACUUUUGCAAGAAAUAUGCAAUGUGGUGUCGUAAGCUUUCCUAAUUGAUUCUCUAGCACGAACAAACUUCAUCACACUCGCCGUCAUAGUAAACACAGUUGAUUAAUACAUUUGAUAACUACUAGAGAUCUAGUCUCAGAGUAAGCUUUUAUUCUGAAGUUGUUCUAGUACAACUGUUUAUGAAUCGAGUGAGACAAGUGGCCACUACAGUGCUAGGGCUGUGUGAAGUGUCACUGAAUUUGAAAUCAUCCUUUAGGGUGGAGAAAAUCAAAUCAAUAUAUUUAUUUAUUUUUUAAUAAAUUUGUGUAUGAUGUAAAAAUGUUAUAUAUAUAUAACCAUAUCUCACCAGUCUGUAUUGCGUGGACAUACUGUAUUGUAUCUGUAUUGCGUGGACAUACUUAUUUGACUCUAGAGUGAAGUGCUGAAUUGGAUGUGCAGCAUAAAAUACAUCCCUCACCACAAACCCCUGUCCUUGUUCACAUCAUUAGAACAUAUAAAGGAACUGAAAAAGCCAUUGAGUGGUACUGACACCUGGAGAUUGUGGCUAUGAGAAUAACACUGAGAGAGAUGACCCUUAUACACGUUUAAAGUCAAGGUCAAAUGAAUUAUUGACUAUGUAAUUAGACCAGGAUUUUCUUUUAAAGCACUGUAGAACGGGAUUUAUGUGACGUAAAAGCCCCAAGUGAAGGACCUGAAAGAGAAAGAGAAAAAUCCUGUGACUUAUGUUCCUCUGUUUCUUCUGUUCUCUUUAACAUUUUUAUUGUAUAUACUGUACCAGUUACCUGACAACAAAUAUUGCCAUAUGUAAUCACUCCUUUUUAAAUGUAAAAUAAUUUUUUUUGACAUUUUUUGUUAACUUUUAUUUUUGUAUAAUAUUUUUUUUCUGCUUUUUAUAAUUGCAUAUUUAUGUUUUUAUACUUUUGUUAAAUAUAAAAGGUUGAUUUUCCAAAUGACUUGCCUAUUGUUUUUUCACCCUCUCUUUUCUCCCCAAUUUGGUAACCUGCCAAUUCCCACCCACCUGUCAGUUCUCCUCUAUCAUAUGACAGCUACCAAAUGGGGAGGGUGAAGGCUAACAUGUGCCUCCUCCGAGACACGUGAAGCCAGCUAUCUGCCGUUAUCCUCAUACGUCAGCUUGACAGGGGAUCCAGAGAGUAUGGCCAGUUUUGCUGUCUUGGAUGGCACCAUUGUUCAUUUUUAAGAUAAAAUGGAUAACAUAAGAUUGAAGCAUGUGGUGCAAACAAAUUCUUACUAUUCACAUGACCUGUAGAACAUGUUUGAUUGUCCCCCACCACAGGUACUGGAGGUCAAUGUCUCAUUAGAAGAAUGGUAAAGCAAAGCACAUGGUGUGUGUCUUAACAUUCUGAAUUGUAUUUAGGCUAUGAUAGUGAUAUAGUGAUAAUACAUUAUUAUUACAUUUAUUAUUUCUUUUAUGUCUCAGACGCCAUCAUAUAAAUAAUGAGACUUGGAAAAAGCUGUUCUAGCUUAACACAAUACAUAAAAUGGGCCAUUCAUUUCAGCUAAAAUGGGUCACCUCCAGAACGGACUGUCUUUCCAAUAAAUAAUGUUCAAAUCUUAUUGAAACGUUCCAGAUCGGAGUUGUUAUUCAUAUUGAAUUAACAUAGCACAGACAUUCUCUGUUAUACACAGAGCGGUACAGAAUGAUGCUCAAAGAAAUACUAUUGCAUGUUAAGGUUCAUCAUCUGAUACUGCUGUAGUUAAAAUGGCAGUGAGUAGAACUAUGUUAUUGCAGGUAAGUUCCAUAACAAAAUUUCUUUCCUGCACAGGAUAAUCUGACUGAGUGGCGAGCCAGUCCACGUUUAAGGAUUAUUCAAGAAUUUAAGACAUUGUGAACGAAAUAUCUUCUAAGGAUAUAAGCAUCUAGUUAACCUUCUGUGACAAGGAGGUAGUGUAAUUGUAGGAGGUUAUAA